AUGCCUCCGGUAUUGCAAACGCAUAAGAACCGUCAAAUUAGGCGUAUUGAUCCGGUCAAGGCUAUAAAUAAUAACAGCAGUAAUAAUAGUAACCAGCAACAGCAGUCUAUUCAAACCUCUUCUUGGAAUACUGUUACCACAGAUACCCAGGAUAUUAUUAUUCAAGGACAGCAAACAAGUAUUGAAGAACAGCAAAAGCAACUUUUACCUAGUUCUCCUUUUUUUGAAUCUUCACCUUUAAUACCAAACGAAAUGGAGAUUGACCCCGAACUUAUAAACUACGACGCUCAACAACUAGGUGGUGACCAUAAUAAUUUCAUGCAACCACAAAUUAAUCCUAAAUUUCUUCAAGAAACCACAUCAGAACACAACCUUACUCCGCCUCAUUUAUCCGAUUCGAAUAUAAUUUCAAUUCCCUCGCCAGAAAUUGAUCAUAUGCAACAACAAUGUCCGCCUUCCACUUCCCUGUCUUCUGCUUCCCCGCCUUUAUUAGAGUCUGAUACUUUAGAUGCCGAUCACGAAGAUUCUUUUGUCAGAAAAACUGCGGAACAACCUCGUGCAAGAUCAAAGUCUAAACCUAGCACUAGAAAGACUCCUAAACGGGCAACUACCGCACGAAAGAAGAGUGAUCCUCAAUCGCAGUCAAGAAAAACAACAGUCGAUGACAAAAAGACUUCUAAUUCUGUAGUAUCAAAGAAAAGAGGAUUAGAAUCAUCAGAGCAAGAUGAAGCGGAAGAAGACACAACGACAGUGACGAGUCCUGCAAAAGUUGAAAAUGAACAUUCGAUUCCAUCAUUAUCUGACACCAAAAAAACGCCAAUACACAGCGAUGCAACGAUAACUCCUUCUUUUGAUAAAUAUUCUCCGGCUUCAACUUCAUUAACGUCGCAUUCCAAAACAAAAUCCCCUGAAAAAUCUCCAUUAUCAAAGAAUGCCUUAUCUCAACCACCUCCUUUAAUCACACAGCCCACGACAAUUAUUACCCCUGAGCAAGAUCUACGUGCUUAUCUGUCAUCAAUACCUCUUCCACCGAGAGCAGUCACUCACCUGGAAAUGUUACGUAUCGGGACAUUCCUAUUUGAUCAACUUUUAUCACGUGCAUUUUCUCGUCCAUUUGUUAAUCCGGAGGCAGAAGACGCAUUGGUCUAUCGAAGUAUGAUAAAAGAUCUUAUGGAUCUGACAACGGCUGAACAAAAACUAUGGGCUCGAAAAUACGCAACUCCAAAUGAACUAUACGUGGAUAUUUGUCAGAUAAUGUUUAAUGCUUAUGCAUUUCAUCGUGAAAAAGAUGUUAUCUAUGAGGAGGCUAAACAGAUGGCUAUCAGUUUUAAACAAUUAGUUUCAAGAAUAAGUAAUUAUUUGUUUGGCUGUGCAACUCGCUCUGAUCCAAUAGUCCCAGAUCAAGUUCGCUUGCCACACGAGGAUUUCAAAUUAUCCAAAGUGAAAGCACAUACUGGAAGUCGUCUUUAUAUUAUGCCAAUGAUGACUUAUGAAGAGAACAAAAAAGCAAGUCAUGGAUUAACUCAAGCAGCCGCUGAAAGAUUCGAUCCUUUAAGCAGACCACUUAUGGAACUCUUUAACGCUAAAAAAUUACCUCCAAUGAGAUUUGAGCCAUCUCAACAAACCCGGAAUUUCGCUAGAAUGUAUGUUUCAAGUGGCCGCACAGCUAUCGAAAGAUGUCGAGAUGAUCCUGAUUCACUGCUAAUAAUCUUGUCCUCGGUUGUUUGGCAUAAACCAACAAAUGGUGUACGUUGUAAAGCUCUGAUAGCAAAACCGUUUGGACGACGACAUGAUUUGGAUACUUUAGACUUUCCUGAGCUUGCUGAUGCUAGAUCUUGGAUACGAGUCACUAUUUUAGAUCGAACAGAAAUCGAUUCAACAAUGUCAUCAAAAUUUUAUCACACUUGUCUAAGGACACCAUAUAGUGUCUCUUUAUACGAUAAGAAAUUUGUCUCGGCUGAACGCCACGAAGAUUUUAUUAAUAGUCUUAAUCUACCCCGAUACAAUCCUUCAUCGAAUGGACCAAACAAUAUCUGGCAAAAUUUAUGUCUUGCAGUUCCUUUACUCGGGAACCCAUAUGAAUUCCCACCGAUACUAUCUAGCUUACGUGCACAAGCGGAAGCUCAUGAUGUCCCAUUUGAAAGCAUGGCAUUAAUUGGAGACUCGAUAAAUAUAGAGGCAGAAGGUUUUUUCAAGCGCGUAUUUCAUAUUCAAGACGAUUCUAGCAUUGUAAUUCAAAAUUUCAAAGAAAUCAACGAAAAUACACUAAGCACAAGAAUUGUUGAGACUGUGUGUUGUCUUAAAACCAAAGGUCUAGAGAAUACGGGUCAAAUCAUAUCAAUUUAUAAAGGUGCCGAAGAAGAAUUGGUAGGAAUAUCGAUGAAAAGAUAUGAACAGACUUUAAAGGAAUACGCAUUUAAUGCCCGUCGUCUUUUAACGCCUGAUCAAAAAUACAAAUUGAUUCUUGAUAUGGUCAACGGAAUAAAAUCUAUCCACAGUGCUGGUUUCGCUCAUCGAGAUCUUAGUGAAGUUAACAUGAUGGUCACUGAACAUUCCGAUGAAAGAUUAAGCGAUGGAAGUGUAAAACCCGAAUUAGUAAUCAUUGAUUUUGGAAAAGCUGUAUUUGUACGAGUUCAGGAUGUACGACAAUGGGUAAUUGGCGAAGUUUCUGAUGAAACAAUCGAUCUUUUACCAAGAAUUCAAACUGUACCAGAUCAUGGAUACAAAUUAUACAGAUCGAUUGCUACAUUACCUCGUGCCAAGAAUGACAGCGAAUUACUUCCGCAGCCAAUAGAUCCUCUCGCCGAGGACGUAUAUUCUUUGGGAAUUUUAAUUUGGAGGAUAUUCUCAGGCCAAGCGCCUUGGUCCGGUAUUCUCGAUACAGACUUGAAAGAACUACGGUCGAUAGUUUCUGAUUCCACUAAAAUCUUAUUUCACAUUGAUCGGUCAGUCCCAGGCAACAUGUCACGACAACUACUAUUAAGAUGCAUAACGGUAGAUCCUCAAUCGAGAAAUACUAGUGAAGAACUGCAUGACUUUCUAACAAGGAAGGAUGUGAAAGAACAAUUAUUAGCCGAAUGGGCAAUGCUUGGUGGUCGUGUAAAGAAAGAGAAAAAAUAUUAA